CCUCUCAGAAUCUGACGCAGUAAAGACAUAUGCUUAUAUAGACACCUAGCAAGCCAUGUGCAAAUACAUCACACACCUCCGCGUCUGCAACGUGUGCAGUCACCAAGAUACGGUCCUCAUAUCGGAAAGACCCUGCUUCCUCGCCAAGAAAAACGGAGUGUUUGGAAGCUGUGAUGCCGGCAUAGGCAGUGACCGCAGCUGUACGCGAUAUCACUGUUGGAAGUGUAAAGAGAAGGUCCUUCUCAUCCCUCAGCCAUCACCAGUGUCACUACACCUCAGUCUUCACUGAGAGAAGGACAAAGGAAAGUGGAAAACGGUGCAGUCUGGACGAGGAGGGUGAAAACUGUAGAGCCUUUUCAUGGUACCUUAAGCUAGCUGCAGGCCAGCUAGGAAUAUAUCUAAUUUCCCUGGAUCUUGAUGUUUGCUAUUUGGGGUGGUUUCUUGGAGACGAGCCGACGGCUUCACACGGCGAAUCCUAGGUGUCGGUACAUCUGGAUCCUGUUGCUACCUAUUGAAGCUUAGCUCAGAUUCCGUAUCGAUAACAUCAAAACCAAGGUGCUUCUGUGGAUCGAUUCCAGAUGCAGUGGAGUUUUUGGUCUGGUGCCUGAAUU